AUCGGCACUCAUCGACAUAACCAACGACUCACCGAUCGUGGGUCUAGCGAUGCAGACUCCUCCUUCAGGGUUGGCGUGUAAGAGACAGAACAGCAGAAUCAUCAAGAGCACGCCUGGUUCUGGUGAAGCUCUUCUGAGAGGACAAGUCAAAACCCUUUUGGAAAAGGUCGAAGAAGGAACAGAGCUCACACAUUCAAUAAAGCCUCUCCCUUUCAUCCAUCUCGUCACUUCCCCGAUGAGACUUCUCGCCCCAACUCCAGCAAACACUCCCCUGUUUCCAAACUUUUCAGAUGAUAAAGUGCAGAUUAAGAUCGCAUCUCCCGUUAUCGCCGGACACUUGAGAACAUCUCAAGUAAGCUAUGUUAGUGGGACUUUGAAGGGAAGUGAGAUAUUUGAAGAGAAGGAAGAAAUGAGUAUGAGCAUAAGUCGUUCUUUGCUUUUUGAUUUCACGGAUAAGCCAGCACUAUGGGAUGAAGAAGAAGAGGUGGAGAUGACUCGAGCUGAAUUUGCAGGGAAACAUAGUAGAUUUGUGUACAACAGUGAAGAUGAUGAGAUUGUAGAGGCCAAAAAAGUUUGCUACUGAAGAAGAAGAGUCCCCUAAUCAAUCAAUAAUUUCCCCAAUAUUGUAUUGGGCUGCCUUUGUAUUUUUGGUCAUGAAAGAGUGAUCUAAACACAGUUGAGACGAACAAGAGAAAGUUCGUUUUUCACAAUAACAGAAGCACGUUCCAACGAA